AUGCGAAGAUUGGCCCAACUGCAAGCACCGCAACCGCCACCGGAUGAAUCAUCUUCAGGUGCAACAGGGUUCGGAAGUAGCCUGGGACGUAUAAUGCGACCUACAAACGAACUCAAAAUGCGUUGUACGGAACUUGACGAACACGGCAAUGUGACGCUCGUUAGUGGAGAGUUCAAGAAGAGCGAACUUAUCGCCAAGUACGGUCUACUUCCUCGUGAUCUUCGCAAGAUCGAUUCCUCGCUCCUCCCGCAUAUUCUCGUUCGACCUUCGGCGAUCCUGAUAAACCUCCUGAACCUUCGUGUCCUCCUGAAGCACAACCGCGUCCUUGUCUUUGAUGCAUAUGGUACCACCGAUUCGAAGUCACAGUCCGUCUUCAUGUACGAUCUCGAUCUCAAACUGCGCCAGAAAGAAUCCACAAUCAAUGGCACCCUCGCCUACGAAUUCCGAGCACUAGAAGCUGUUCUUAUAAGCGUAACACUGAGCUUGGAGAAGGAAUUCGAAGGCGUCAGUGAGCCAGUGGUUCGAGUUCUGCGAGAGCUUGAAGAAGACAUCGACAGGGACAAGCUGCGGUACCUGCUCAUUUACAGUAAGAAGCUGGGUAGUUUCGAACAAAAGGCACGAUUGGUCAGAAACGCACUGGAGGAAUUGCUGGAGGCCGACGACGAUCUCAGCGGCAUGUAUCUGACAGAGAAGGCAGAAGGCAAGACACGGGAAGAAGACGAUCAUACCGAAGUCGAAAUGCUCCUUGAAUCCUACCACAAGGUCGCCGACGAAAUCGUACAAGCCGCUGAGAACUUGGUAUCUAGCAUUAGGAGCACUGAGGAGAUUGUCAAAGCUAUUUUAGACGCUAACCGCAACUCCCUUAUGCUUCUCGACCUCAAGUUCUCCAUUCUUACCCUUGCGAUCACUGCCGGAACCUUCGUUGCGGCUCUAUACGGCAUGAACCUGAAGAACUUUAUCGAAGAAUCCGAUCUUGGUUUCUUCGGCAUAAGCGCUUGGUGUACCGUGUUCGGUUUUAUCGUCGCUGUAUACGGACUGUCAAGGCUUCGUAAGGUGCAACGGGUCAGCAUGUAUGGUCAUGGACCUGGUGCGCUUGUUAGCAGGGAGCCAACUAGACCAACAGUAGCUCCAGGCACUACAUGGGGCCUUGGUGCAUGGGGUGGCGGUAGUAGAAACGGAGUUAGUCGAGGGGAUAUGGGUAGUACGAUGCCGUCUGGUGCGCCAGAUCUGGGCGGUAUCACGAAGAGGGGUGACACGCUGGCAAGCGUCCUGGAAAGAGAAAGGGCGUUGGCAAGGAAGUUGGCCAAGGUGGAACAGAGGGCUGAUGACGCUACGAGACAUUAA